AUGGAAGAUGCCCGGGCUCGAAUAGAACUCCAACAAUUGAAGGGUGCAGUGAUCCAUGUAAAAAAAAAGAUUGCACGUGAGUCAUAACUGAUCAGUGAUGAUAUUGGAUGAGACGGCCAGAAUACCAAGUCUUGAGGACGGGAAGCAGUACAAGUUCCUAGGGCAUGCUUGAAAAAGUGACACAGGAAGAUAAUUUUGUCUUAGGUUGCGCAGCCAAGGAGUAUCUCCGGUGGAUGUCAGUUAUUUGGACAAGUUCUUAGUCGCACCACAAUCUGCACAAUCGUGUUAUCGCGUCAAAUCAGUUUGUCUACUAAUACUUGGCUAUCUAAUGUGGAAACAACGGUAGCCGAUUAUAAAUGGAUCUACAGCAGAUCGACAGGGAAGCUCGGAAGACUGUUAUUGAGAACGGAUAAAGCCGGACACCCGUGUGGCUCGAAUGCGUUAUUCGACCCGCUAGAGAAAAGAGGCAGGGGCGUGCGCUCAGCAGAUAUGUGA